GUCGCACGUUCCCCAACGUUAUAGUCCGAUCCUGCCAAACUCUGAUCCGCUCACCUACCUCAAGUGUUCUCGCUAACUGCCGAGUAGCCACGCACUUGUGUUGUCUAAUCCUAUGAGUGAGGGAAAGAUGAACAUUCUCCUUAGUUCCGUUUCGGAUUCGUCACCACUAUCAGGCAGGUAGUAACGAUCGUGUCUGAUCUGAUCUGCCCUGGGGCAGAAGAGAAAGCCAAAGAAAUGGCAUCUCCAAGACGUGGACGAUCUUCAUCUUUAUUCUCACCGUCAUCGCUACGCAGUCCAAGCUCGGACUGGCUUGUAUCAUUUUCCCCUAGUACGAGUCAAAGCCAACCACCACCGAUCCGACAACGCACGAAAAGAAAGAUGAGCCCCGGAAAGCCCUCAACGGCUACUAGUGCUGACCGACCGUCUCAAAAGCGAACGUCCUCUUUCAGCGGCUUCUUUAGCAAGAUUCUACCGAGCAACCGUCCAGAGCAAGGAGGAACAUAUCGCACAACUGACUGGACGGGAGAUGAAGAGAUCGAUCCUAGCGAGUUGACCGAUUGGAAUAUUGCUAAGGAGAAGAGCCCAGCUCAUCAUACAACUUCAUUGAUAGUCCCUGAUGAGUCCAUUCAUCGUCGAGUCUGGAGUUGGAGCCCACAAAAAGGGGACUCUAGAUUCGUCGAAAACUUGCCUAGGGAUCGAUCUCUUGGACGUGAACGGUCUCCAGAUAAACCGGAUCGUGAACCACUUCCGCCUCGGAAAUCGGAAGCCCUGAAUAGGGCGGAGGUCCAUGAGCUGCUCAAAUCCAAGGAGAUGAGCAGGAAAAGCCGACGAAGCCUGAAGGAGAGCGGGGACUGGCUGGGUGUUCAGGGUGCUGAUCCAUACUCGGGACAAUUUCCGGUUCUGACACCUACAGAUACGCCUAGCUCGGAGACAACAAGCAAUUCAACGCGAGGCAGGCUGGCCGGGUUAUCACGGAAGAAGAAGGCUGCAAAGUUAGAGUACGAGCAAGCUAAGCUAUUAGAAGAACAGGAAAAGGACAAGGCUAGAUUGAACAAGGAGCAAGCGAAGCUUAAUAAACUCGAACACGCGAAGGAAGAACUUAAGCGUCAGAAUUCAUCACCAAAAUGGAGCCAACAUAAGCGUCAAUGGUCAUCCGCCGCCGAGCCCAGUCUCAGCCCAAUCGCUCAAUCCUUAGAUAGUGUGGCACUUGGAAGCAGUGAGACAUCUAGUUUACUGUUUUCGGAGAUGCCCACUGACUCUGCCUCAUCAGAUCCCGAAGAGAUCACAGUUAUCCCGAACUUCUCUCGUCCCAAUCGCCCGCCCGUAACUUUGAAGGCUACUUCAGGUCAAGCCGAACGUCUUAGCUGCGAUGGCUCACAACGUCGAGGUCAUGAACGCCGAGACUUGUCAACAGAUACGAUUAUACAUACCUUACCAGAUACUAAUCCCGAUUCUGCAUCUCUAACAAGGCCGGUUACUCAGCCAUCAGAGGAGAAUCUCAGUAUUGGACAAUCGGAUAUUGGACGAACCAAGAGCGAGAGGCAUUUUUUAUGGAGACGCCGACGAGAAACAGAUCCGGGAAAGUCCGUUUCAACACCACCCGUGAGCCUCAUCACAUCCAUGAGAAACAAGAACCGGACGUCCAAUUCGGUCCAAUACAUCCCAAAGGAUCACUUCGCCGACCUAGAUAUCCCGGAUUAUCGACUCCAUCUCUUAUCUCCGGAGCCGGCGGACACAGGCGACAGUCAGUCGACUCAUUCGGAGGAUUCCCAACUAACGACACCCAACUUAAGCUCCCUCGGGGUAAUGGGCGGCAGCAAAUUAGCACUGUCCUCAACUACAAACCUGGCCCGCUCACUGGGAAACGACAGAAGCACCCAAAGCAUAAACGGAGCUACAGCGACCUCAUCCCAGCAGUCAAAACUGAAGGGAAUCAUGAGACGUCCUUCGAAGUCCAUCCGCCGAAAAUUAACCCCAAGCCUGCUAGGUACAGCUCAUACCAAAGAGAUGGAGAGAAAUCAGAGAUCGCCUCCAACUUUCGACCAAGUCCAGGACCACUCGGUCAACCAUUUACCGGAAGAUAUCCCAGAGUGCCAGAGCCAACAUCUACAGUCGGAUCUGCAAGGGAGGAUCAGUUUGGAGCAAGCAGAGACGAUUUUGCCCCUAGACAAGAAGGCAAAAUCAGCCCGGAGAGGAUCUGUGUCCAUACCCAUCACCACCACUACUGGAUGCGUGGACCUCGCCCUGGUGAGCCUAUCCGACUUUCCUCGGCCGAAAUUGAGUAUCGAAACCAAGCAGAUCAACGGCCACACAGGCGCCACGGAGUUUUCGACGAUUCCAACGUCGUCCCGUCAGCAAGAGUGUCACAUCAUACCGGAGCCGAUCCAAGAGGAGUUUAGGACGACUUCCCCUCCCACCGUGAUACAGAAUGGCUCGCCGAAUCUCGAGCCCCCUCAAGAGACACCCGGGAUCGAUAUUAUAUCAACCCGCGAAGCGGCACCAGAAAAGAAACCGCCAAUCAGAGUUUCCAUUUCAACGAUCCCCCGCCUCUACCGCCCCGUCCAACAGAAUCUCGAAACGAAGGACGCCGAGAUGCGGAAGAAUACGGACACGGUAGUGGGAAUCGAAUCGACCAAGAUACAAGCACUCAAGCCUGUAGUAGAUUCCAACGGCACAACCAAGCAGGAGAAGCAAGGCCGGAAGAUCAGCCAAGAACGUCAAAACAAGGGUUCGACCCAAAUCCCAAAGGUAGCUUCGCAGGAAGCUCAUCGGCGCGUAUUGUUAGAGAAACAGAAAGAGAACAUGCUAGAAGAGGCAACCCGAAUCGCCAUAUUGCGUUCGAAGACCAAGGAAAUGGCGACAAACAGAUCGGCCGAUCGCAAGGCAGGCCGAAACCGCAGCCGAAGUCCCAGCCCGGUCAAGAAGCACAUGCCAAGCAAAGCGACGGAGCCGAAGCACUCGCUUCAGCAAAAGCGCCCGAAGAAGAAACGCCACAGCGAAGAAGGCGGAGGCACCGGGCUUCCUUCCAAGCAUGAACACGUCAAGAGGAGCACAACCCAAACCCAAACGCAGCACAAGAGAGGUUCUACGGAAAGAAUUGAUUGGGCAGACGUGACUGCGACCGCGGUCCAAUUCUGUAAGACCGUCUACGUAGUCUUCCUCGGCUUAGCUUGCACGUGGUGGGCCAUGGUCCGGCCCGCGUUUGAUCAACAAAGCGAUCUCUGGAGGAGGAGGCACAGGAAGCAGAGCACAUGGGAAGAUGCGAUCGUCUUCAUCUCAGCAGGUGUGUUCUGCCUUGCCGGCGGACUAUCCGGUUGGUACGCAUCGAAGAUACUCUGGUGGCUUAUCGAAUAGUGGCUUUUUGAGACAUUGAGACUUUGUAUGAUACAAUAGGAUGGUAUUCUUGUAUGAUUAUGUACGAGCUUGAGCCUUGAGGGGUUCGGGCUCGGGUUCAGGUUUAAAUUGGGAAGAAUGGUCGACUGGCUACCUAUCGCAGAGGUUUCUUAGAACUGCCUAACCUAGUAAUGAAGCUCUCUAGAUACGGGUAGCUAGCCGACUGCGGUAUUCGGAAAUGGUUAUGGCUGAUAUGGGUACUGGACCCAUUUCCAGCAGGCCGUUCUAGAUGGUUGAGGCUCCGACGAGAGCCGAUGACCCUGAACGGCAGCGAAAACUGGAGCUGAGGGACGGUAAGCAUCGGAGGGACACCGGACCGCUAAAAGGCUAAAAAGGGGAGGAAUAUUCCUGGAGGUUGCUGGAACUUCUGCGUACCACUUUAAUAUAACAAAGGUGCGGUGAAUAUGCAUCGCACUAUACUAGAGGUAGCCGUAAGGAUUAUCACCAACGAUUGAUUAUUCGGUGUAACGAAUUUGCGACUUCAUGUUGGCUCUUACUUCUAAAAGCCUAUUAAAAUUUUAAGUGAACUUAUACUAUAU